AUCCCCCUCUUUCAGCCGCUGCAAAGGUCCACCCCCUAUUUAUCCCCGCGACUCCAACCCCCUUUUCUCUCUGUCUCACGAUUGCGGUCGAAGGUUUGGAACUUUAAUUUCGAGAAGGCUACAGGGUCACAAGAAGGUUUGGCCAUUGGUUCUGGCAUUAUGAGGUUACAGUUAUGGAUGAGACACUUGAUUUUGAUAUCGAUCUUAAUUCUGCACUUGUUUUUGCAAAGGCGUUAUUGAUACCUUGAAGUAUGAUGCAGAUUAAGCAUUAAAGAGUAGUUAUUGGUCUGCAACAUGCGUGGGAGGGGGUAUACUAGUGGUGGAGCAUCUUCCAAACAAAUGCUUGAGAAAGAAACCUUUACCAUUGAUGAUGAAAUCUCUCAUCUUACCAAGAUUAGGUCAGAACCAUGUGAGAAUGUUCGUAGGGCCAUGCCUAAUGAGCAAAAGAAACUUAUCCCAAUGAUUAAGAUGUUGUCGGGAAGAGAAUUUAAUUAUUCUGGGAAGGGAAGGUUCUCUUUAGCUGACUGUUCGCAUCUUCUUGGUCGAUGCCUGCCCAUCAAUCUUUGUGGUGGGGAAGGGAUGGAUAGUGAAGCAUAUGUGUCUCAGUUCUCCUCUGAUGGUUCACUUUUCAUUGUAGGAUGUCGGAGAAGCCAUAUCAGAAUAUACAAUGUCGAUCGUGGGUGGAAAGUGCAGAAAGACAUCAGUGCUCGAAGUUUGCGAUGGACGAUUACUGACACAUCUCUUUCACCUGACAAACGGUUUCUUGUCUACUCCAGUUUGUCACCGAUUGUUCAUAUUGUAAAUGUGGGAACUCCUGAAACGGAGUCAAGGGCUAAUGUCACUGAUAUUCAUGAGGGUUUGGACUUUAGUGACCAUGCUGACAGUGAUUAUUCCUUUGGGAUAUUUUCUGUUAAAUUUUCAACUGAUGGUCGAGAGCUUGUUGCGGGAAGCAACGGUGAUUCAAUACAUGUUUAUGACCUGGAAGCAAAUAAGAUGACAUUGCAAAUUCCAGCUCACACAGCUGAUGUGAACACUGUAACCUUUGCUGAUGAAACUGGUCAUCUCAUAUUUUCUGGGAGUGAUGAUAAUCUUUGUAAGGUUUGGGAUCGGCGCUGCUUCACAUCAACAGGAAAACCAGAAGGGAUCUUGACUGGUCAUCUAGAAGGCAUUACUUUCAUUGAUAGCCGUGGGGAUGGCCGUUAUUUCAUUUCUAAUGGUAAAGAUCAGACUACCAAACUUUGGGACAUAAGGAGAAUGUCCUCCACUCCGAAAUUUUCCACACCAAAACGUUUUUAUUGGGAUUAUAGAUGGGAUGAGUACCCAGCGGAAGCCAGAAGACAGAAGCAUUCCUCAGAUCAGUCAUUAGCUACAUACAGAGGUCACUCAGUCUUGUGUACUCUAAUACGCUGUUACUUCUCCCCUGCAUAUAGCACCGGUCAGAAAUACAUAUACACAGGAUCAAAUGAUGGGUGCGUUUAUAUCUAUGAUGUGGUGACUGGAGUUACAGUUGCAAGACUUGAACGGCAUGCUGCGACCGUUAGAGACUGUAGCUGGCACCCCUACUUCCCCAUGCUUGUCAGCUCAUCCUGGGACUGCUCCAUUGCUAGAUGGGAAUUUCCGGGAAAUGAUGAAGAUCCUGGGUUGCCUAAGAAGAAAGCGAGGAGGAGACGUUCGCUAAGGCUAUAGAACACAAUAUUGUAACAGUAAAAUUUGAUAUGUGAUGUCCAGUGGCUGAUGAAUGCUGAUUUGUAAGUAUGCCUGCAAAUGUUUCUUGCAACUACAGAGGAUAUAAUAAGCAUCAUGACAUGAUCACCAUAUUUGUUCAUGUGUUUUUCAGCCACUGUCAGAAUUUCAUUGCAUGAUUGGGUGAUAGGAUAUUUUGUUAGAAAUGCUAGUAGGUGCCUCCUACCCUGAAAUGUGCCUGGAAGGGUUGUAAGACUAAUGUUUGGCAUGAUAUAUUGGAGAGUUGGGAUGUUGAUGACAUUUUAGAUGUGUUUUAAGGAAUUUGAAUGGUAUACCAGAAU